AUGGCCCCAUAUGGAGGCAAAGCCAGUGGCCAGGGAGGAUCUGACCCCGGCCAUGCGGCUUCUCCGGCUGGCAGGAAUUUUGCCCGCGGAUCCUGUCGAUGGGGCCAAAACUGCCGCUUCUCGCACGACAGAAAGUCAGCCCAGAUCUGCAGGUACUUCCAGAGCGGGUUUUGCAGCUAUGGAGAGCGGUGCAGCUACCAGCACAUCCAAGAGGAGCCGGUGCCAGUGGGGACCCGCUAUGGUCCCGUGCCCACCCAGCCCCCCAGCCGCUGGGGCUCAGAGCCCGGCCGUGUGCCUGCGGCAGUGGCCCAGGGCUGGGGGGGAGCCCGACGCAGCUCAGCCCACCCUGUCCCCAGCAUGACGCACAUGGCCUUCAAGUUCCCAAGCGUGGAGGUUGAGGAGGAAGAAAAAGACAAGGAGAACAUCCCAGCACCUGAUAACAUCCCCCGUGGGGCCGUCGGUGGAGAAUUUGUCCCUACACAAGCUCGGGGUGCCUCAGGCUCCCAACCGCGAGGGCUGGGACUGGAUCCAAAUUCUCCUGACCCCAGAGAGGCAGUGGUGGAGACAGCGACAUGGACUGAUCCUGCAGAGGUCCCCACGGAGCUGGGCGCUGUGGCAGCCCCAGUCUCCACUGCAGCGCUGAGGACCCGGAGCGAGGCCGUGGUAUGUGGCAUCUGCAUGGACCGAGUAUACGAGAAGCCGCUGCUGGAGGAGCGGCUUUUUGGGAUCCUCCCGAACUGCAGCCACGCGUACUGCGUGGGCUGCAUCCGCAAGUGGCGUCACAGCCGGGACUUCCAGAGCACGGUCAUCAAGGCCUGCCCGGAGUGCAGGGUCACCUCCAGUUACUACAUCCCCCACAAAUACUGGGUCUCGGACGUGGGUGAGAAGGAGAAGCUCAUCGAAACCUUCAAGGCGCGGACGGGGAAAAUCAGGUGCAAGUUCUUUGCCCGGAACCGUGGCCGCUGCCCGUUCAAGUCAGACUGCAUCUACCUGCACGAACUGCCCGCCGGUCGGCGGCCGUGGCGCAGACGGCAGCGGCCGAGGUUCAGCCCUUCUCCCUCCGAGAGCUCUGACGAGGAGGACGAGGAGCUCUGCAUGCUCGAAUGGGCUCUCACCCUGGCCCUGAUGGAGACGGACUUUCGGUACUCGAGUUAUGGCCACGAGAUGCUUUUCACCGACUUCAGCGACUCCGACUAA